GAAUGGCCCAAAACUUCAUAUAGAGCUUCUAAAAACUCAAAAACCCUAGAAACAAAGCCUCCAUUUUUGCAAAGUAGAGACCAAGGAAGUAUUUGAGGCACACAAGAAAUGGCGGACAAGGCAGUGACAAUUAGAACAAGGAAGUUCAUGACCAAUCGUCUUCUUGCAAGGAAACAAUUCAUUAUCGAUGUCUUGCAUCCUGGAAGGGCUAACGUUUCUAAGGCUGAGUUGAAAGAGAAAUUGGCAAGUAUGUAUGCGGUGAAAGAUCCCAAUGCAAUCUUUGUAUUUAAGUUCAGGACCCACUUUGGAGGAGGCAAAUCUACUGGUUUUGGCUUGAUCUAUGAUUCUGUAGAAAAUGCAAAGAAAUACGAGCCAAAAUACAGGCUGAUCAGGAAUGGAUUAGACACAAAGGUUGAGAAGUCCAGGAAGCAGAUGAAGGAGCGGAAAAAUAGAGCCAAGAAAGUGCGCGGUGUCAAGAAGACUAAGGCAGGAGAUGCUAAGAAGAAAUGAUCUGCUAGUAACAGUUCCUUUAAGCCAAAUGCAGAAAAUGUUUUGCUCAUUAUUUAUGUUUUUAGUGGACGCUUAUGAAGUAUCUUUUCGAUUUUGGUUGAGUCACGCGACCAUUUAGGGAAUUAACCUGAUUUAUCGACUUCAUUUUGCUUC